UCCCCUCUCGGCUCCGGGGACUGGCCCAGCCCUCCGCCUCCUCCUGCGCACCGGCGGCGGACGCGCCUUCCAGGCACCCCCCGGACCGACGCGACGCCCGCCUGACGCUGCCGCCGCCGCGCUCCCCGCUCCCCCUUUGGCCGAGGGAAGGAUGGCGGACUUCCCGGCCAAAGUCAGCACCCGCACCAGCACCCCCGCCGGGGCGCACGGAGGCGCCGGCCGCUCGGGCUCCCUCGACCUCGAGUUCCUCCGCUCCCCCUUCGGGGUCUUGAUGGUCGUCGAGAUCGUGCUGGGCUGUUUGGUGUGGACCCUCAUUGCAGACACGUACUACCAGCCCUACCCUUCCUAUGGCUGGGUGAUGUUUGUAGCUGUCUUCUUCUGGAUGGUGACAGUCAUACUCUUUGCAAUGUAUCUUUUCCAGCUUCAGCUGAAACUCUACAUGAUCCCUUGGCCUAUUGUGCUCCUGACCUUCAACGUCACAGCCUCCGUCUUGUAUGCCACGGCUUUUGUGACGAGCGCCACGUCCGUUGAGCUUUACUCCUGGCCUCAUUCACCGGACUACAACAGAAGAGCUGCUGCCUCGUUCUUUGCUUGCCUGGUGAUGAUCAUCUAUGGCGUCAGUUCCUGCCUCAGCUUCCGAGCCUGGAAAGGAUAUGGAGGCAAUGCAGCAACCAGUCAAGCCACGAUUUCUAAUCAUGCCUAAGAACUGUGGCCCAUUCUGAAUCAACGUGGGACAGUGGGACAGCUCCGCGGCAGGGCAAUGGCUAACGGGGCCUUGGAGUUCUCUCUUGCCCCCUCCUGCUUCCUCAUCCAGAUCUAGUACAGCCUGUACACUCUUCCUGGCCCCGUCUUUAGCAUGGCCUGAGCCACAGAUGCAUAUGUUUUAAUGCCAUCUAAACCUAGAUAAGUACCUCUCCCUACUUUUUACUAAUUGGCUCCAGACGCCAGUCCAUGGAGAACGAGAUCCUCUCCUCCUGCCUGGCAAGAGGUCACCUUCAGCCUAGUUCACAUAGGCAUGCUUGGUUUCGUGCACGUGAACGGGCCACCCCAGACCUAUCAGCCAAAGAACUUGUGCAUCACCUGUUACGCCUGUCAUGAUGCUUUUUGCACACUGCAGCUCAUGGCUGAAUGCAAGAAGCAUCAGAAAGCAUUGCGCUGGAAGCGGCACCAGCAAAACAGGGCAGUCCCAGCAGCGGGGUUAAAUCUGGGAUGGCUAAUUCAUACGAGCAGGCUCCCCUCAAAUGGUAAGCUCUCCAGUGUGAACCAUCCCUCAAGUUUCCUGCUUUCCCAAACCUCCUCAAUUUUCCAGAGCAGGCCAACAGGAUUGGAGCAAAAGUGUAUUUAGGCCCACAUCCAUAGAGGUGUGGUACCUUGGAAUGCCCACUACCAAGGCACCCUGGCAACGUUCUUUUCCCCCUUAUGCUGUCUCCUAGCCCAGCAAAUGGUGCUCAGAGGCAUGCACAGAGUGUGCCUGCACAAUGGUUGAGGGGCGGCUGCCGCAUGUGUGUGCCACAAUGAAAAGCCCUCGAAGGGCAACGCUGGAAGCAAAAUGUAAAUUCUUAGUGACAUUGGAUGGGGGUGGCCCGUUUCGGCAGGCCUCUGUGAAUUAGCCCAGAGGAUUCCCAUCUCCAGGCAUGAUCGAGCCAGCACUAAACCCACUAAAACAAGCAAGCCCGUCCUCCCCGGAGGCCAGCCGCCUGCAGCCUCUGGUGUAAAUAAUGUAUCAUUAACUCAGUGUGUGUAGUACUUAGAAGGGAUGACACACAGCUUUUCGAUGCAAUUAUACAGCAAGUAUUUUUAUUUUAUUAUGAUUUCUAAAAAAAAAAAAAUUGGAAAGACGGUUCUGUUUUAAAUUAAAAGUAUCUAA